GAAGCGACCAUGGAAGAAGCUACCGGCAAGAGUCUUCGAAGUACCCGAAGUCGACGGAAAAAGUCGCGUCACGGAAGCCGCAGGAGUUCAACGAAGCGGCCAAAGUCUCCCGACGCCGUCGCACCAUCUCAAGAGCCACCAGCCCACACAGCGAAGCCCGAGGCCGUGAAAAGAGGGGAAUCGAAGAUAGCAUUACCGGGCGGAGAAGUGGCAGCCUCCAAGUCGAACAUACUCCAGGCGGAGCAACCGAAGCAGAAGCUUCCACGCGGCAAUGAACUGUCCUGGAAUCCGACGCCCGCUCCGGCGGUCGAAAUAUCCCCCGCGUCACAGCCCGAGCAGUUGGUUGGCGCGUGCGAAGCCGCCAACAACAACGAUCGUAACUGCCUCCAACCUGCGCUGCUGGCGAGCAUCGCGGCGCUCAUGCUGACCCUUAUUGGGGCCGCCUAUUACGUCCGGGUGGUGUCCUCGGCCCCGUGCUCGUCGCCGGCCUGCCAGCGACACCGCGCGCUACUGGACGCCAACCUGAACGCGUCGGUGCCGCCCUGCCGGGACUUCUACGCAUAUGUCUGCGGUCGCUGGGAGGCGGCGCAUGACCUGUCAGUCAGGGACACCAUCUACAAAGAAUUCAUGAACAACGUGGCCACUAUGGCGAAUAGGACGACAACUCCCCAACAAGGGCAGACCGCGGUGCAGAAAGCUGCCAGGCUGUAUCAGUCUUGCGCGCACGUCCACACGCAAGACUACAACCACGUGAGCGAGGCACGGUCGCUGAUGGAAAACUGCGGCGUGCGCUGGCCUGAGCUGACCAACACCUCGCGCCUUCUCGGCAUCUUCUUCUCCAUGGCUACGGCCUGGAGCUGGGCAAGCGUCUUGCAGUUCAUCAUGCGGAGUAACGGGAGCGUCAUAAUGAGGCCGUCACCUUUCUUUUGGUCAGUACUAUCGGGAAGGCAGCGCUUGCUCGAGAAGAGUGCCGGCGAAGAUCACUACCGGAUAUACUUCGAUAGCAUGGUUGCCGCAUUCGGCAGCGCCGGGACCAGAGCGUAUUCCUACAGACAACUCAGAGUGCUAGAAGACAAGGUGGUUCCUGCCCUGAAGGCAGCGCUCACGACACCGAACUGGACCAUACUGGAGGACAGCAGCCUGAACGCGAUGGUGAACAAGACCCAGAACCCUUUCCAGAGUUCUGAAUGGGAGAGCAGCAUGCGGUCUAGCUUCAACUUCUCCGAACGCUCGGUCUUAUUAGUGAGCGUUGAGAACGUCGAUUUCUUCGAUAGCUUCUUCGCGCUAGUCAAGAGCGAGAGCGAAAGCGUCAUGGCCUAUUACGUCGGCUGGGUGGUCGCGCAGGCUCUCUCACUGCUGACCAGUUCGGAAAUCGUCACGAAGUACUUUGCGAGCGACGAUGCCUUAGCGACCAGGGAGCACGCGCUGUUCUGCGCAGACAUCGCCCACGUGUACAUGGGCGUGGCUUUCUACGCGGGCCACCUGAGCCGCGAAGUCACAAAGCGCGUGCUGGAUGACGUCCAGACCAUAGAAACAACCGUGCAGACGGCGCUUCGCAGGCACCUCGGCUCGUCGCCUUGGUUCACCGCCAUUCCCGUGUCUAUGUUGAAAGAAGCGGCUAUGGUCAGCUCUCUGCGACUACUGGAGACUCCAAACGCCACGACGUUGGACGAUUUGUAUCGUCUCUUUCCAGACAUGGGCGACAACGUGUUCGACAACGUCCGUCUCGCGGCCGAGGCUCGCCGGCUGACCGUAGCAGACACAUCUAUGACGGAAUUCGCGAGCAGUGGAAGUGCACGCUUCUCCUCCUACCCCGCCCAUGGUCAGUUUGAACUGCUGCCCACAGUCUUAGAGAAGCCGUUCUACGAGCUAGGAGACGUGACGGCCGUCAAGUACGCGACGUUGGGCGGCGAAGUGGCCGACGCCUUCUCUUCGGCCGCGUUCGCAGGAACGACCGACAGGAAGCUCCAGCAGGCGUUCACGCUCAAGUCGGCCUGCUUUUUCGGGAGCCAGGUGCUGUUGCGUCACCUCGAGCCGGAGCAUAUCGAGCUCGUGCGGAGGGUGACUUCGCUCCGUCUGAUCUUGGGCGCCCUGGCGGAAGCUACCGAGGGACGCCUGCAGACCGCCAGGCUUGCCGGCUACGAGGACUGGACGGACGUCGAGCUGCUUCUGGUCUUCUGGUGCUUCAUUCAGUGCGGUGGUCUCAAUGGCCGCCGAAAGUGCAACGGGCCGCUUACCAUCGUAGACGAGUUUGCGCGCGCCUUUGGCUGCAAACCAGGCGACCCUAUGUACAGUGGACGUAAUUGCUCCAUUGCGUGGUAAGCGCACAACGGGAGGAAUAAUGACGACGGCGAAGGCGAGAUUGGCACGAGCUGUGCUGGACAUAAUAUCUGGAAUUGGCGAAUUAUCAAGAAUCGAAAUUUUGAAAAUGGCAUCAAAGACGUGCGUCGCAGAGGAGUAAAUGACCUGGAAAGAUUGCCUGGGACCGCCGGUCCGGCAAGUUUCCGCAACGCGCUUUUCUUUUCGUGUGGUGGUUUUGUUUUUGAAAUUUGAUUAUGUAACUCAACACGUGAGUCCGCCAAUGUGAUGUACUUUGUUUCGACAGGCGACGGCUCCAAUUACCUGCCGUUUGCGACGAGGGUGCCAAGGGCAAUUGCAAGAUAAACACUGAAUCGCAGCUGAUAGAGGUACUUGCCUGCGGACGCAAAGUAUAUAUAAGCGGAUGAACUUACCAUUGAUGAACUUUUGUUGUCUCGAUUAUUCGCACUUCAGAUUCUCGUGUGCCAAUUAGAAAGCAAUAUUGUAUUUAACUGCUAUUUCCUCUUUCUUUCUUCUGAGUAAACAUGUUCGAAUCAAUUGUA